AUCAUCUCCUCACAGUCAAAUUGUUUUUGCCCUCCUAAAUAAACUAUUCUUUUUCUCAGAAAGAAUGGAUCAUUCACUCGAGACAUCGAGGCACAAGUGUGCAGCUUGUUUUAGGCAAUUCAAUAAGAUAGAGCAUUUGGUAGAUCAUAUGAGGACUUCUUUUCACUCACAUCAUGAACCAACUUGUGCCAUUUGCAAGAAACAUUGUCGAUCUCUUGAUUCUCUUAGAGAACAUCUCAUUGGGCCACUGCCAAAACAAGAAUGCAAAAACAUCUUUGCUACAAGAGGAUGCAAGUUUUGCUUGGCCAUCUUUGACAGUUCUUACUCACAAAGACUCCACCAAGAAAGAUGCCAAUUCUCUCCUGUAAAUUCUGGACUUCUUGCUCGUUUCGCCAACUUGGGAAUUCGUGACGGUUCAACCGUCAUCGACAGUGGAAGAACACGAGGGUCAGGGGCCAUCGCGCUAGCUUGCAAAUAUGUAGGUGGAGGAAGUGAUGGGUCGAUGGACAUAUGUGCUAAGGUUUGCCUUAUUGAUGAGGGUGAGAACGUCAUCUUCUAUAGCUAUGUCAAGCCCGUAACUGCUGUUACAAAUUAUAGGUAUGAAACAACUGGAAUUCGUCCAGAACACAUUCGAGAUGCAAUGCCAGUGAAACAAGUUCAAAAGAAAAUUCAAGAAAUCCUCUACAAUGGAGGUGAGAAGGCUAGGAUUCUUGUAGGUGAUUGCGUCGAAGACGAUCUCAAACGCUUACAAAUCGGUUACCCAUCCUUCAUGAUAAGGGACACAGCAAAUUAUCCACCAUUGAUGAAGUCAAGCAAGCUUUGCAAUUCACUCAAGUAUCUAGCUCAAGUGUAUCUAGGAUUUGAUCUUCAAAAUGGUAUACAAGAUCCUUAUGAAGAAUGUAUCGUUGCUAUGAGAUUAUACAAGAGAAUGAGAUCACAAGUUCAUAGGAAAGAGAACUAUCCAAUGGCUUCUGACCCACAAAACAAAAAUAAUUUUGCUAUUUGGAGGGAAAAUGAGCUUCAAAGGAUGAGUCCAGAACAAAUGUUGGAGAUUUCUAGGUCUGAUUAUUAUUGUUGGUGCAUGGAUUUGAGGAUUUGAGAGCUUUCAUACAUUCUUCAACAAUGGUGGAAAUUUAAUUUGGGUUGCCACAGCCCAAUUAAGUUCAAGUUCUUCAUUGUCAAGCAAUAUAGAUUUAUUUGGCAUAAUGUAAAAUUCAAGAAAGAAAGAUGGAGACCUAUAUGCAUAUGUGUGAAUCAUUUGUUUUGUUGUCCGGUUAUUUUGGUGUAAUAUGAGGAUGUGUGAGGAUUGCAUUUUUUUUUAAUAAAAAGUCUAAUUA